UGGGUCAGCGUACCGGAAACAGGAACUCUGUCCACAGUGCGCGUACGGUCCUCGUCUGCUGUAGUAUUAUUCUUCCUAAUAUUCGCUUUGUGAAUUAUACAAUUAUUUAUUUAUUUAAAGAAGGUGUGUUGUUAGAAUGUGCCAUUUGUAAAGGAAUCCAAACUAACGUCAUUAUUCCUGCGCUCUAAACACUGACGAGUCACAAUGUCAGGGAGUUUUUAUUUCGUCAUGGUGGGUCAUCAUGAUAAUCCAGUGUUUGAGAUGGAGUUUCUCCCUCCUGGAAAGACAGAAGCAAAGGAUGAUCACCGGCACCUGAACCAGUUCAUCGCUCACGCUGCCCUCGAUCUGGUGGAUGAGAACAUGUGGCAGUCCAGCAACAUGUACCUGAAGACCGUGGACAAGUUCAACGAGUGGUUCGUCUCCGCCUUCGUCACCGCUGGCCAUAUGAGAUUCAUAAUGCUCCAUGAUGUCCGGCAAGAGGACGGAAUCAAGAACUUCUUUAAUGAUGUUUAUGAUCUGUACAUCAAGUUUGCAAUGAAUCCCUUCUAUGAAGCCAACGCGCCGAUACGCUCCACAGCCUUCGACAGGAAAGUGCAGUUCCUCGGGAAGAAGCAUCUCCUCGGCUGACUCGUUUUAUACACAA